GUCAUCAUUAAGGGCCGUGAAUCCAGAGUGCGACGGAAGCUGCGACUCGUUUUCUCAACGCAACGAUUUUUUUUCUCCCAUUUGAUCGUAAUAACGACAAAAGCAGCGACCAGCGGCGCAGUGGAUGUUCAUCUGAAGGUGUCUUCUGUCUCUGAGGUACAGCAGCGUAGACGUUUGCCAUGGCGUCUCCAGGAGGACAAGGAGGAGCUCUGUCGACCAGGGGAGGCGGCGCGGCCCGGAGGAUGAAGUGGGCUCUGGAGCUGAGCUCUGGAAACCCGAGGAGUCGUGGAGACCGGCAGGGGGGGCAGGGAGACGUCGUGUAUCCCAUCGGCUACUCUGAGAAACCCGUCCCUGACACCAGCAUCCAGGAGACGGACAAGAACCUGGUGGAGAAGCGCUGCUGGGACGUGGCCCUUGGGCCCCUGAAGCAGAUCCCCAUGAACCUGUUCAUCAUGUACAUGUCGGGCAACACCAUCUCCAUCUUCCCCAUCAUGAUGGUCUGCAUGAUGGCCUGGAGGCCCAUUCAGGCCCUCAUGUCCAUGUCUGCCACCUUCAAACUGUUGGAGAGCUCCAGUCAGCAGUGGCUCCAGGGCCUCGUCUACCUGGUGGGAAACCUCCUGGGCUCCGCGUUGGCCAUUUACAAGUGUCAGUCGAUGGGCCUGCUCCCAACACACUCGUCUGAUUGGCUGGCUUUCAUAGAACCGCCUCAGAGGAUGGAGAUCAUGGGCGGAGGGAUGGUGCUGUGAAGCUACUGAACCCGAUGCACAUGAAGGAUUCAUAUAUCCACAGAGGUUUAUACACUGCUCAUCCUGCAGCAGACGACCGCUCACACAAGGUUUCCUCCUCAGCAGAUCAUCAGACUGGCUCCUGUUGAACUACAGGGAUUUACUACACACGGACAGACUCACAAUCACGUUUGUUUGUCUUGCAGAAUACAGAAUUCUAUACGGUUUUAUCUACAACUUCCUAGAGAUUCACUCACAGCCUGUGCAUUUGUUUCUUUCCCCCUCGUUUCAUUUCUCUCGUCUCAGUUUGGAGUGAAACUCUUAAUUUAAUACGAUUUCCUUUUGUUAGCAGCAACAUUUACUAACCUGUUUAACUUAUAGCUCUGUCUAAUUUAUACUGAUCUCCUUUCCGAAAAUUGUCUAUGAAAUAAAUCCUUAUUGGCCGAAUUGAAAUGUC